AUGACUCUUACGGAAGAUCAGAUUGAUAGUUUUAACAAAGAAGGUUGCCUUAUCAUCAAGGGCUAUUUGGAUGCCGAGACAGUUAAGGGAUUGAAUGAUGAAAUCCAGAGGUUGUAUACAGAGGUUGAUCUCAAAACUCAUCCAAUGACCAAGUUUACUACUGAGGCUGACGGUGAGCACAUCGGUGAUAAGUAUUUUCUGGAAUCCUCUGAUAAGAUUCAUUUUCUUUUUGAGCCGGGAUCAUUCAACGAAAAUGGUAAGCUUGAGAGACCAGUUGAUAAGGCUGUCAAUAAGAUUGGCCACGGUCUUCAUUUCCUGAAUGAGAAAUUCAGGGCCAUUACCAUUAACGAUGGCAUUGCUUCUAUUUGUAAGCAGAUGGGUUACAAGGAUCCAAAAGCUUUGCAGAGUAUGGUCAUUGUCAAGCAACCUCGCAUAGGCGGUGAGGUGCCUCCUCAUACAGACUCUCAGUUCCUUUACACCGAUCCAAUCAGCUGUUUGGGAUUUUGGUUUGCCUUGGAAGACUGUACACUAGAAAAUGGUUGUAUUGGCUAUUUUCCAGGUUCUCAUAAAAAGUACGACGUCAAGAGAAGACUCGUUAGAGAGUCUGCAACAGGUACAGGUACCAAAUUUGUAAGACUAGGCGACACUUAUAAAGAUUGGACUUCAACUGAAGAAGAGAAGAAAGAAGAGGAGUUCUUUGCCGAUCGUAGUCAUUAUAAUUGGGCUGUUAUUCCUGCUGGAAGUUUGGUUUUGAUUCACGGUAAUGUAAUCCAUGUCUCUGACGCCAACAAGUCUGACAAAUCCAGAAACGCUUACGUAUUCCAUGUUGUGGAAGGAUUUGCGGAGUACGAUGAAUUGAAUUGGCUACAGAUUCCUUGGGACCACCCAAAAGGCUCCAAAAACUUUACCAGACUUUAUAGCUGA